AUGGGAAGAGGGAAGGUUGUUCUUGAGAGAAUCCAGAACAAGAUCAAUCGACAAGUUACAUUCUCAAAGAGAAGAAGUGGUUUGCUCAAGAAAGCCUUCGAACUUUCUGUGCUUUGUGAUGCUGAAGUUGCUCUCAUCAUCUUCUCAGGCCUUGGCAAGCUUUUUCAAUACAGUUCCACUGACUUGAACAAAAUCAUUGAGAAGUAUCGUCAAUGUUGCUUCAACAAUAUGUCUGAGAAUGGUGACUUGGAAGAACAUGAGUCACAGGGCUUAUACGAGGAGCUUUUGAUGUUAAGAGUUAAGCAUGAAUCUCUUGCCCAGACUCAAAGGAAUUUUUUGGGAGAAGAAAUCAGUGCACUAAGCAUAAAAGAUUUGCAGAGUAUAGAAAAACAACUAGAGAGAACGCUUGCACAAGCUCGAAAGCACCAAAUGCAGAAACUGAUGGCUCGAGUUAAUGAAUUACGCCAAGAGGUGCACAAUGUGGAGGAGGUUAACAAACAAUUAGAAUCCAAGGAAAGAGGUUUAAGUUCCAAUAUUUGUGACAAUUCUACUGAUUUAUGCAUCUCCAACAACAAUAUCAUUACCAAUUUGCGUGAUGCACAGGUCAAUGAGUUUCAAUAUGGUCAGUUUCGGCACCAACAUACUGCUUCAAAAGGACAAACAACAGAUACAAGGAUUGGCAGAGGCCAAAGCAGCCGCAACAAGAACAAUUGA